UUCAAAGUGUGUGGUGCGAGUGGUGCGCGCGUCUGCUGGCGGGAACAAAUGAAACGGCAAAAUGGACGAACCUUAAGUUUAUUGUAAUUACUUAAUAUUCUAUAAAAUUCAAGCGGGAAUGAAGAUCAAACGAGGCAGAACGUCACAGAAGAAUAACUAUGCCGUUUAUUCAGCGCGUUGUCGAGCCGAUUUACCUGAGCCGGCAGAUUUCGCACGAGGAAGAAAUCGCGCCGGUGGUCACGGAACAUGAACUGGAAGCAGUGACGAAUAAUACGCUCAGCAAUGCGUUGCGACAGUUGGCUUCGCUAGUUGUUAUAGCUAACGACAUAUUCGAUGACCUCGCUAAACAGCUUCAAGAUGUUUCCGAAAGGGCGACCAAACUACGGACAAGGACUGACCUCGUCGAGGAGAAGGUGUCGGCGUUCGAUCCCAAAACUGUCACAGUCCCGGAGGGCGACCUGUGCGACUUCAGCGCGCGCACCACGCACUUCGCGGCGCGCCGCGACGCGCCGCAGGCUCUGUUCUCGGCGGAGACGCGGCCGGCCGCGGUGCGCCGGCUGUACGAGUCUGCGGCGCGCACGCCCGUGCCGCUGAUGCGCCAGCUGGACCGCCACCGCGAGGACGGCCGCCGCUGCUCGCGCUUCUUCCUCUGCACGCCCGUGCUGGGACAGCGCCGCCGCCGGCACGCGCGCCUGCGCAGCGCCGACAUCGACAUCGAGACGCGCACCCCGGCGGCGGUGGCGGCGCUGCGGCGCUGGACGAGCGCCGAGGCGCUGGGUGACGUCACGGUGCUGCCAGACUGCAGCGUGCGACUGCCCCCCGCCAGCGACGCCGACGCCGACGAGACGGACCACCGCCUGCCGUCGCCCGAGGAGCAGCUCGCCACGGUGGCGCUGAGGUUCCCGGGCCACAUGGUCGCGGUGGACGUGUCGGGGCGCGCCUUCCAGCGGAUGUCGCUGGUCCGCAGGUCGCAGCAGCUGGGCCCGGGAGCGGGCCGGGAGGCGCCGGCGGGGGCGGCGCUGCGCCCUGCCGCCAGCUCGGAUCUGCUGUCGCCGCGCCCGUCCACGUCCGCGUCGUCGACGCCCGAGGGCGACUCGGGCUCCGGCACCGGCAAGAAGCUGUCGCACCUGCGCAGCCUGAAGCAGUGGGCGGGCAGGGCCAAGCUGCGGCUGACGCGCCGAGACUCCACCCCCACCCCGACACCCGCUGCCGCCCCCGCGCCGACCCCAGACGCCGCCCCCGCCGCUCCUGCACCGCCGCCGAUGCCGACGCAACCGUCCGGAUCGCAGCCCCACACCGACCACGCCGUCAACGUCUACGAAAGCGUCGGUUCCCAUCUGCCUAUCGCCGCGUCCUCGGGCCCGCUGAGCGUGGCGGUGAAGCUGCGAGAGAAGCGCGACCAGGCGCCGCCGCUGCACUCCUCGUCGGGCAACUGGUCCGCCAGCUCGGAGAGCGGCCGCGCCUCCCUGGGCUCCAGCACCAGCACCAGCCACCAGCCCAGGUCGACGACGACGGUGUCGUCGGCGACGGGCGCGGGCCACGCGCUGAACACGUCGGCCAGCUCGUCGGGCACGCUGACGCCCGACCUGGCGGCGAGCAUCGCCGACCAGGACUCGAGCUCGGUGUACUCGUGCGACACGGAGGGCUACUACACGUCGUUCCACCUGGACAGCGGGCUGAAGCCGCUGCGCGAGGAGGACCCGGUGGCGGUGGCGGCGGCGGCGGCGGCUGCGGCCGGCUGCCCGCCCCUGGCGCCACCGGGCGUCGCGCUGGGGCCCACCGGGACGCUGCUGCCGCAGCAGGCGCUGCACUCCACCUGCGCGCUCUCCACCGGCGGCUCGCCCAACCGCACGCUCACCGCCGACUCCGAGUACGAGCUCUUCGGCAAGGGCUCCACGAGCACAACAACCAGCUCUGCAGGCACCGUCUGCACGACGCUGCAGCUGUCAGAGGGCAGCCCCGCCACGGGGCCAGCCGUGCCCGAGCGCAAGAGCUCACUGCUGGUGGCUGCUGACGUGCAUGCGGACUCCCCCGACUCGGGCCACAACACCUCCAGCUCACCAGCGCAAUCUGCCAGCCCGCCCGGCACCCUCACUGUCAGGUCACGGUCGCGAUCAUCGGACUGCGACUUCUCUGAGUCUGACCUGGAGGCAGUAGAGCGUGUUGAGCGCAUCCGCGUGAAGACGGCCAUCAAUUCGAGUCGCAUCCCAUCCAUGUGUGUUAUCACACCACCACAGUCUGAUGAUGAGGCAGGCACAGGUGCCUCUGCACCUUCAUCUCCACCCAUGCAGCAGAGGGCACCACAGACAACCGCUGUGGCCGGCAGGCGGCCAGCCUAUGAGAAGCAGCUCAGCUCUGAUUCAGAGUCCGACUGGGCCGCUAUUGUGCGCAAGGAGCGCAGGCCGCAUCUCAACCUCAACGGUGUCAUCGGAAAGGUUAAGGACGCCUUCACGGGAAAGAAGUCGCCCGAAUCGCAGCCUGCUCCAGCUCACACGCCGGCACCGACGACGACGACGGCCACGGCCCAACAGGAUGCGGGCGACUAUGUGACCAUUGCUGACGUGCGGCCUCACACCAAUUACAAGCCAAGCUCGCCGCGGCUCUACUCGAACACAGCAGUGGUGGCAGCGUGCCGACCGACGGAGUACGUCUCCCUGAAUGAGCUGCCACCACCUGAGACGACGAGGUCCGGUGCCCCUCUGGCUGCCUCUCCACCGCCAGGCGACUCCCUGGAGCGAAGGCGCCGUCAGGGUGCACGAGUCACGCUUGACUCUGAAGGCCGUGUCGUUUACUCCUCAGACAGCCUUCGGCGGCGUGGCAAAACAGGACACACCACCUUCGAGCCGGGCCCGUAUGUCAAGGAGCCGUCAGCAGCGGGCAGCCCCAUGAUGGGCCACCGCACUGCUGCCACCACCGGCCACCCGCCGCCCACCUCUCCGCAACUGGGCAAGGUGAUCAUCAGAGCAGCCACACCCGCCACCUGCGUCUCUGCACAGCGUCCGCUGUCACCGCCACCUGUGCAGCAGCAGCAACAACAGCAGCAGCAGCAGCAGCCGCAGCAGCAGCAGAGGCCUGGGGCCUAUGUUAAUGUGCAGUCUCCUACGCGCAGUGCACCAGACAAUCGUGACACCGAGGAAGGUAAGGUCCCUCCCCUGCCAUCAGACCCCAAACUCCCACCCUUCCUGCGCCACGCAGAUCCAGCACUGUAUGACCGCAUCAGCGGCAGCGCCCCGGGCAGCUCGAGGGUUAAGCGCAGUGACAGCUACCGUCUGGCCAACUCGCCCAUCCUGCUGCCUGCCAGAAAGGUAAAUCGCGAUAUUCUUCUGAAUUCCACAUUUGAGGCUGGAACCCGGAAAGAACAGGCUGGCAAUGGCCGCCUACCUAGCAGCAGGGAACAGUCGACCACCCUGGAAAUGACACCACACAAGAGCCAGCAGCACGAGUUCUCCCGGGCACGACAGCAGGUAGCUAGAGUCCAGGACUCGCCGACCCUGUCGAGUGGUCGGUCCUCUCCAGCAGAUGUCGACGUCAGGCAGGUAUCAAAUCCCAACUUGUUGGGGCGCAGGUUCUAUGGUGCUCAGGUCCGUGUCGAUCCCGAGUUGCUCUCAGGUGCCCGAGCUGCAGGAAAGCGGUCAGUCGUUCCUGUGCCAGCUGACACGGAGCGUGCAAAGGUGCUUUCGAAUAAAGGUAAUGACCAUGACACUGAGAUAUGGGCAUGUGGUGCUGGAGUGGGAAAAUGGCCUAACAAAACUAAAGAAAGACGAAAUCCAACUUAUGGUAAGGAACCACCAAGGUACGGCUAUUCUCCACAUGCAGUGUGGUCUAAUACCACUGAUCACACACAGCAUGUUCCAUAUUCAGCUCCUCCUUACUGGACACUACCUGCCAGAAGAUCACAAGAUAAAUUGGACAUGGAGAGUUCAGGAAAACAAAUCAAUCCAAUGCAGCAAGAUCCAGGCAGCAGACGUUUCAACACUAUAGCUACCAGUAGCUGCAGGAAUUACGUAGACAGUCAAAGAAGUAAUGAACACAAAAACAUGAUGCCGUAUCAGUACAAUGUGUGUGCAACGCAACUUUACUCAAAUAUACACAGAGUGCCAGUGGCAACAACAAAUACACAUUCUGCAUGUGGCAUGCCAGCUUCUGUUCCUAAAGUGCCUGAAACAAUGCCACAAAAUUCUCACCUUGCUCUGUCUAAUCAACAACGGCAACAAACAGAAAACACAAGGCAAGCAUUCUUCUCUUCUACGCCAACUAAGAGUGGAACAAUGUCCAUGGACAUGAGUACAAAUUUCUCACCAAUUCCAAAGCAAAGUUUGCAAAAUGACAAUGGAAACACAUUCAAGGCAUACAGCAACACACAUUUGCAAGUAAACCAUGUGAGAGUUGGGUCUCCACGUCUUAUAUCACCACCUCGAACAUCCAUGACAUCAGAAGAGAUCUUUGCUGCAAUUCACAAGUCAAAAAAGCGUUUAAAUAUAAAAACAGAUUCAGACAGUUAUAGCAGGAGUGCUUCCCCAUCUUGCUCCUCUGCAACUAGUCUCUCACCUGGAAGUUCAGAAUCCUCUCUCUGUGGACUUCAGGGAAGAGCUGCAAAUAGGUACACACCUGAAACAGGGACAUUCAACAACAGAAAUGAAAAUGGUAGAAAUCGUCACAGCUGGUCACCAAAUGCGAGUGAAGAAGAAGUUCUGCAUCAAUCGCUGAACUCGAGGUCACCUGUGCAACUUCCUGGGUCUCGACAGAGUUGGGCCUGUGACAGGUUGGCUUCUAUCCAGCAAACAUCUAGAAAUGAUUUUAAGAGACUCUUACUGCAGCAAAGCAGCAAAUCAAAUAUUUCUAGCAUAACAGGCUACCCUGGGACCAAACUAUCUGCUGUGGAACAGCUGAGGUUGUCUCGUCAGAAGAUGGUUUCUGCAACAAUCAACACUAAUGGCUGCUACUCAUCCAGAAGUCCUGUGGAGAAGCGUAAUGGUGGACCCAAGUUGUUAUCUUCCCCUAGGACAUUAGCAACAUGGAAGUUCUCUUCACCAAGAACAGACGUCCUCUCCUCUACAAUACCAGAAGAUUGUGCAGAGGACGAGGACACGUCAAAUUCACCACAAAAUAGUCCCUCAAGGCAACAGCAGUCAAAGUUAGCAAGCACUGCAACAAGCAGUCAUGGGACUACUUUGAUGAAUCCCUCAGUGCGGAGGCCUUUGAGUGACUCUUUUGGCACAGACAGACUUACUCAACCAUCAAAUGUGGAAGCCAAUAAGACUGGAACUUCGAGGUACCAAACUAGUAUACAACAAAAAUCAAAUCUUCCAGGACAGAGUGUAUUGAACACUAAUGCAAAAAAUUCCACAGCAAGUAACAGGCUUUUAUUUUGCAACUCAAAAGUUCCUCCAGUGAGAUCACCAGAAAUGUUUUCAAAACAAAAUAUUAAGGAAAAUGUAAAUUCAAACCAGAUAAAUAAUGUAAGGACUUACACUAAUAAUCAGAUAAAAACAGAUAACCAUAAUCGCAUGUUAAAUACCGAGUUCAAAUCACCACAACUUAUUAUGCAGCAACAAAGCCUGUUAAAUGUCUGCACCCCAAAGAGACAAUCCAAUGACAAAACAAAAACAAAUUAUUAUAAUGGCUCACCAGGCAGGUACAUUUUAGGAACUCUUGAAUCAAAGAGCCCCUCGCCGACUCUGGAAACUGCCCUGUAAGCAUUUUCCAGUGUUAUACUGAGUUUUACUGACUACAAAACUAUGGUGAAUGCACAUGAGAAUUCUGGUUAGUAGUUAAUCGUCCUGUGAAAAUGAAAUCAGGUAUGGGACCACCACAUUUAUGAACUAAAAGCUGUUGCUCAGAUGAACCAUGCCUUGUAACAUUGCUGCUGUAUAAAGUAAUGGAUAAUCAAACCCGGUCUGGAAAUGUAUGAUACUUAGCACUGACCUACAUUAUAUUGCAAACACUGUGUGCUGGUGAUUUAAUUAUGUGAUAUGAACAUCUCUCUUAAGAGUGUAAAGUCAUUUAUGCAGUCAAAUUUACAGAAGAAAAAACUUGCUGGACUGUGCUGAACUUGUAAAACGAGUUCACCAUUAUGGUAAUAAUUACAUUUGUGUAUAAGUAAAACUUAGUCUAGUCCAGAAUUUAAAAUCAAUUCUGCACAUUACCAUGCACAGUUUUCUUUUAAAUUAUUUUGUACAAUGAGAAUAUUGUAUUUCCUAUUUUUAAUGUACAGAGAAGCAGCAAAAUUUACUUGAAACAAUUUUUUAUAUUUAAACUGGACUAUGUCAAUUUUUAACAAUAUUGUAAUAUUGACUGCGCAUGGAAAAAAAACUGCAAACACUUUGAAAGUGCACAACAAAUACAAAAUAUAACUUUUAUGUUACAACAGAAACAAUGUAUUUUCGUAGUAAAAGUCUCAAGAACGCAGUGAUUUCCAGAAAUGUGAAACAAGUUAAUAUGGCACUGUUGUAGAAAUGUGUAGUUUAAACACCGUGCAAUAAUUACAAAUAUAAAAUCAACUCAUCUUCAAGCAUACAUUAGUCAUACAGCAUUGAUGAACAUCAAAAACUUCUAUCACAUUAAUUAAUUUGUAUUGUAUACUAAAAAAACUUCAGUACAGAACAAACAGUGCCUAUUAUCACUUUUUGUACUAUGCAAGAGAAGUAAUUUGUGAAUUCAGCAAAGAGUAUGUAACUUCUAAAUUAAGAUGAAUUUACUGCUUCAUCUGUGCUCAGAGAACAGAGUAAUAUAUUAUACAAAAAUUUUAAUAUAUAAAUGAUACUGUAAUGAUGAUGUAAAGAGAACUGACUAGAAGAAUUUAAUUUUGAAUGGGUCAUGGCUUAAAUACAAACAAAAGAAAU